AUGGCCGCACAGCGUAGCCUUUCAGCGCCAAUCCGGCUUGAGCAGCGAAACAGCAGCAAUGAUGAGACCUCGACUCCAGGAUCUGAUCUGCCCGAGGAAUAUGGCAACUUGAAUGAACUCUUGCCCACCGGCUCGAUUGGAGUCUCUGAAGAAAGUCCUGCCCGACGCACUCUUGAAGGGUUCCGAGGCCCUCGUCGCGUCUCUGAACCUCAAGCUGUCCCCACAGCGCGAGAGAGAGUAUUGAGAUGGGUCACCGAGCUUUAUGUCCUCUCAUACCUCGUCUUCUUCUCAAUAUUUGGAACAUUGGCACGCGUGGGCUUGACAGCCCUGACGUUCUACCCCGGAUCGCCGGUGGUCUUUAGUACCCUAUGGGCAAAUGUUGGUGGAAGCGUCGUGAUGGGGUUUCUUGUCCAAGAUCAGAGGUUGUUCCGAGAUCAAGGACACGACAAGAAUCAUCAGGAGGCCACGAAGAAGAGUGAUGUGGAAACUGGUGAUACGGAAGCAGAAAGGCGGAAAGCCCACAUGGCUGUGAAGAAGACGAUCCCACUUUACGUGGGGCUGUCAACGGGCUUCUGCGGGAGCUUCACAAGUUUCUCUACCUUCAUCAGAGAUGCUUUCCUCGCAAUAUCGAACGAUCUUCCCACGCCUAGUAUCGGAGUCACGCCAGAUCGAAAUGGGGGCUAUUCGGUCAUGGCCUUACUGGCUGUCAUACUCACAACGACUGCAAUGAGUUUUGUUGGCUUUGUUAUUGGUGUUCACCUCGCGAUGGGGUUGGGAAAGUGGACGCCUAGAGUCCCGCACAAACUUACGCACAGAUUCCUGGAUCCCGCCAUGGUGAUUGUUGGCUUGGGCUCGUGGCUUGGUGCGGUUUUCUUGGCCAUUUUCCCGCCUGCUGACGCAUGGAGAGGUCGUGUAGUUUUUGCAAUUGUUUUCGCGCCUCUUGGGUGCGUACUGCGGUUCUACCUUUCCCUUUUCCUCAACGGCAAGAUUGCGUCUUUCCCCCUCGGCACGUUCGUCGCCAACGUUUUUGGCACGGCAGUACUCGGCACGUGCUGGGACAUUGCGCAUGCUCAAGUCGGUGGUGUCGUGGGCUGCCAGGUUCUGCAAGGGGUUGAGGAUGGCUUCUGUGGGUGCUUGACUACGAUAUCAACGUGGGUUGUUGAGCUUUCGGCUUUGAGAAAGAGACAUGCGUACGUGUAUGGAUCUACGAGCGUUGUCGUUGCCUUGGCCGUCUUGAUUGCGAUUAUGGGUGGCCUCAGAUGGAGCGAUGGUUUUGAUGCAUUGUUAUGCUCGACGUGA